AGAGAGCUCGCGCUGACCGCCGUGUCAUUCGGACCGGUACCGCUGUUUUAGCCGAGGCGCUCGGAGAGGCAUGGCCACCGCGCUGUAAUGCCGCGCUGCUGUCUUCUUCUUCUCUCGCAGGCUCAUUCAUCCUCAACAUCAACAGCAGUGCAGUGCUAUGGAUCCGUAAGCUAAGCCGCGUCCCCUCAUCAUAUACACAUACUACAGCAGGAUCCGCAGCCCCUCUCCAGUACCACAGAGCUCUUCAUCACCAGAUCAGAGCCGCAAGGCGUCGCGUCGACCGGAGGAGGCGAGCUGGAAUUAUGAAGCGUUGGUGCCAUGUCUAAAGCUACAGUCAAGAAGCUUCACUGGCGUUCUAAAGUUCAGGAGAGCUUCGUUCCUCUGGGUGGAGCCUCGGGGGAGUUGGGUGUGGCCAUUGGAGGUGGUGCGGACUAUGGCGAGUUCCCAUUCGUCACAGCAGCACCUGGAGGAGGAGCCACAGUGGGUGACAUCAUCCUGGAGAUUGGAGGCACUCCUGUCUUGGGCAUGACCCUGGGUGAUGUCAGAGGAGUUCUGAACUCGUGUCCUCAUCCCAUCCGCAUCAAAACUGUUUCACCAGGUUCCACUCUGUGUAAAGACCUCAGAUUAUAUUUAAGCAAGUGCUUUACACCUGGAUCCAUGGACAGCCAACUGCAGCAGGUCAUACGGGAGAACCUUUACCUACGUGCUGUGCCCUGUACCACCAGGCAGCCACGGGACGGAGAGAUCUCUGGAGUAGACUACAACUUCGUCUCAAUUGAGGAGUUCUUCUCUCUGGAGGAGUCAGGAGCGUUGCUUGAGAGCGGCAAGUUCAAAGGGAAUUACUAUGGGACGCCGCGGCCAGUCCACAUUGGGCCAGACAGCCCACCUAUCACCUACCAGGAGCACCGCAACCUGCUGAGGAACUUCCGCACACGCAGCAAGUCCCUCAGUAAUCUGGAGAAGGCUGUCGAAGAGGGGGACAACAGCGAGGAAGACUCGGGUCUCUCAGCGGGUUCUGCGGGAGCGAGCAGUGCCCCUACGACUACUAUUGUUUCGCCCAACCAGACAUGGGACUCAGGUGGACCUCGAGAUAGUGGUGUCCCGAUGGAGAAUGGUGCCCGUGCAGGGGCGCUGCCUGAAAACUGGGAGAUGGCAUUCAGUGACUCAGGAGAACCUUACUACAUCGAUCAUAACUCAAAGACGACGAGCUGGCUGGACCCGCGGGCUCACAGCAAAGAGGUGGUCAGCAAGACAGAGUUACCGCCGUUCACAGACCAACCAUCUGAACUGAAGGGCUAUUCCAUCCACACACGUCUCUCCAAAGGGCCACGAGGUUUUGGCUUUAACAUUGUAGGGGGCAGCAGGCCGAGAGAAUUUCUGCAGGUGUACAGCGUCACUCCUGGAGGCCCACCUGCCCUUAACACAGCGGACAUCCUGGUCUACAUUAACGACACAUCCGUGCUGGGUAUGUCCCACAAGGAGGUGGUGGAGAUGCUGAAGGCAGUACCUAUGGGCCAUAGUGUGGACGUUGUGCUGCGCAGGGGCUAUCCCAUGCUUUACAAUCCUGAUGGUUGCCCCAAGACCAGCCUCCCUUCACCCUCUGACCCCAGUGCAGGUUCUGCCCAGGCUCCAUCUCACAAUCUGAACCGUUCCACCUCUCACCACAAUGGUUUCUAUCCCCGGAUGCAAAAAGAGCCUUUAGAUACUAAUGGUAAUGUGGCAGCUCCACCUUGCUACCACAUGCCCAAUGGCAACUCCGUAGACAGAACUGUAGGGAUGGCAGGCCUGCCCUCAAAUCUGCCGAUGGCAAGGACGGAGAGACUGAGCACAAGCCACAGUGAUACAGAGGUCAGCACUGUCGUCACACGCAGAGCCUCACUCAUCCGCAGCUACAACAACAAUACCCUUCCUGCACCAUCUUUGGUUCACCAGAACUCCAAGUCUUCCGAGAGUGAUCUAUCUAGUGGUGCUCUUCCUCUGCCAAAGCCUGAGCUAGGCAGUGCACCAGCACCACCAGGUGCCCCUACUGCCCAACGCCCACUCAUGCCCCCAACUGAGCUGCCAACCUGUGGCUUCAAUGGCUGCCCGGCAAGCAAUCCCCCUCGGCCUGCCCCAGGCAACCAGGGAUCGCUUGGGGCUGGCACAGGAGGUGAGCUUGUGCCUGUGGCCCUGGGAAGAAGCGAGGGAGGGGGCAUGGGCUUCAGCGUGACAGCAGGCGGGCAGGGCGGGCAGUUGGCGCUGAUCAAGCGGGUGUGGGACCGGCGCCAGUGCCCGUCCCUGCAGCCCGGUGAUGCCAUCAUCAAGAUCAAUGGCACUGAUGUGCAGAGCCUCAGCUUCGCACAGGUACAGCGAGUGCUGCAGGAGCAUACUAGACAGGGUGAAGUAGUUUUACUGGUUUACAGAGGAGGAAAUGUCCCGUCUCCGGGCACCUCAAAUUCAUACAACAGUGUCCCCCCACCCCAGGGCCCGCCAGAUCUGAUGUCUCCUUCCUCAGAUGGUCCCACAACCAGCCAAAGCACCUUAUCUCCCCAGUCACCCUCCAAUGAGCUCCCUCCUUUGGUCCAGAGUACGAGCUUUCUGGACUCCGUGCCUGUUACCCUGACCAUGGAGCCACGAGAUUGGAUGGGGGUUGAGGACAUGGCCAUACAGGGUCCCCAUCUGCCCUCCUCUAAUACUCCAGGAGCCAUGUCCAAAACACAGCCCGAGGGCAGAGGAGUAGUGCCUAGCAAAUCUUUGGAGGUGGAACUAAGGAGAAGGCCUGGAGAGGGUUUUGGUUUUGUCAUCGCCACACAGGACAUGUCAAAUGGAUCAUCAUCACUGUUCUCUCACAGGUUUGUGACCGUGCGGAGAGGCAGUCCAGCAGCACGCAGCGGUCAAAUCCAGCAGGGUGACCAUCUAGAGGCAGUGGAGGGCCGUUCUGUGCUCACGCUGCCUCACAGAGAGCUGGCACAGAUCCUGCGGCGAGCAGGAAACACACUCCGUCUCACCAUCAUUCCACGCACCAACAACAACAAUGCCUCCAACCUGGCUGAGUACACAGACGUCGAUGCAGAUAGCAAGUUAAGAAAAGGGCACAUAGCCAGACAAAAGCAGGACCCGCGGUAUUACAAUGUGGAUCUGGAUAGAGGUCCAACUGGAUUCGGCUUCAGUUUGAGAGGGGGGAGUGAGUAUAACAUGGGACUCUAUGUGUUGGGGCUGAUGGAAGGAGGUCCAGCAUCUCGCAGCCAAAAAAUACAGGUGAGUGAUCAGCUGGUGGAGAUUAACGGCGACAGCACAGCAGGCAUGACGCACGGCCAAGCCGUGGAACAGAUCCGCAAAGGAGGGCACCGCAUCCACCUGGUCCUGAAGAGAGGAAAUGGAUAUGUACCAGACUACGGCCAUGAAGGUGGAGCAGCCUCCCCCUCCUCCUUUCACGCUGAGGAAAAGGUUGAGAGUGGUGUCGCUUUCUCCCUGUCAAGGACAAUUGAGAAAAGGGUGGACAGAGAGGCAGAGAGACAAAAGGGGCAGAGAAAAAGAGGCGGCAGCCGAGGAGGAGCAGAGGAGGAGAGGCGAGGCACUCCUGAGAUCGAGCGGGCUUCAGGCGACUUGGUUAGUAUCACAGCGGGCUCCCACUCAGGGAGGAAGAGAGAGAGAGAGAAACCAACACAGAGUACAACCAAAAAAGCUCCAAGAAGUAAAGAGGAGGAGGAGGAUGUAAAGCGAAGAGAGAGAAGGGAGACAGAGAAGAGGAGGAGUUCGGGAGGCAGAAAGAGCAAAGUAAAAGCUGGAACUCAAGACAGAGAAGUGAGGGAACAGGAAGAGGAAAGGGAGCGGUCAGAUUCAAGAGGGAGGAGAGGGAGAGAUGAAAAGAAGGAGGGAAAAAAGACUGGGAAAGGGAAAAAGGAAAAUAACAAUACCGAUCUCCCUGAGAGCACAGACGAGGUCCCUGGGGUCAUCCAGAAAGCACCCUUCUCCUUCCUCAUGUCUCUAGAUGAUGAAGGCAAUCUUUCUGACGCCGACUCUGCACUUAGCUUUUCAGGAGUCAGCGUGUCUGCAGCUAGCAUCUCGUUCGCAGGAGCACAGUGGCCUCUUGACUCCAGAGAUCUCGGCAACUCACAGGAGAUCCCCACUACCCCACACCUCAGCCCAGGCCCAUGGCUCAUCCCUAGCCCCUGUAAACUCUCUCAGGUCCUAGAAGGAAACAGAAUGCGCAAACAUUCAGGAGGCCUGUGGAUGUAAACAUCUUACUCUCUUUGAUCUCUCUCUCUCUCUCUCUCGUUCUCUCUCUCUUACUUACACGCAAAUACACACACACACACGCAUGUUUUUUGAAGACCAGCACACCACCAUCAUCCCACCAGCCCUCCUCAACCUUGAAAAUAAACUCACACCUCUGUUCACUUUCUCAAGACGAGCCGCUCUAAUGCAACCAGUGCCCAUGUCUGCAGUCCAGGCAAACUGAACUUCCCAUCAUUCAAAAGCCAGUGAAACAAAAGGAGAGAGCAUGCUGCCAUCAUGAGAUGGUUCUGAUUGGUUGCUAACCUGCAAGGCAAAUCCAUAUUGCGUGUAUGUAUUCAUAUUGAUUCAUAGCAUGUACAAGUUAUUUUUUAUCUUAUGUCAUUUUGACAUUUUUUUUUUCUUAUUUUAAUAUUUUAUUUUCUUAUGAAUGCAUCAAGAUUCUAUGACACAAAAAGAGGAAGAUUUAUUUAAGAUCUGUAUUAGCUGCUUGCUUUUCUGUGACCAGACUGUAACCCUCUCCCCCACCGAGUGUGUUAAUCUAGCUGUCCGUGCUGGGGAAAGGACGGGGAAAGAACUGUUUUAUUAUGAGGCUAGCGAGCCAUCUCAGACUUCUCCAGGUGCCUUCUGCUUCUUUAGCUGGUGUUUACCAAAAAAAGAAAAAGAAAAAAGAAUCUAUAUAAUAUAAUAUAAUUAAAAAAAUAUAAUAAAUGAAGAAAAGAUUAAAUGAAGUAGCAAAGUAGAGAGUGUGCAAUUAAGCAUUCUUCUGCCUCUGGAACUAUAAACCUUUGCAAGACUCAGUACACAAGACAGAGGAAAAAAAAAAAAAGUAAAAAAUCUGCACACAUUCUGCAACCGGUCAGCGAGUCAUUACAAGUGCCUCAUGUGAUAUUCCUUUACGUAAAACACUAGACUUCUUUUAAGAUGUCUGUGUCAAUUCAGGAUCCCAGAGCUUUAGUUUUCUCAUGUUUCUCAUGUUCGUACGUAUUUAGAAUCGGCGUUUCGGAGCCAUUCCAGAUCCCCAGCGCAUUUCAAAAUCACAGAUAAAGAAACAAAUCGAAGGCCAAUACGAUCUCAUUUGCUCCGCCCUCCUCCAGUCUGCAUCAAGAUUGCUUUUACUACAUCUCUCACUUAUUCACUUUCUAGCUUCAUGUCUUAAUCUGUCAUUUCAGGAGAUAAAAAGGGCAUUUUGAUACUGGUCUUCUAUGCAUUUUGUAAGACUUACUGAUCAAAAUUGCGGAGGUUGUUUUUUUUUUUUCUUUCUUUCUUUUCUUUCUUUCUUUCUUUCUUUUUUUCUUUCUACCGAGGCCAAGAUUGGGAAUAUUGUGUACUAUUGAAGCGGUGGUUUGCUGGGAUGUGACUGGCAUGGAACAUAAGGGAAGACUUUCUGAGGUCAUCUAGUGUCAGAUGUACUGCAGCACCAGCUUAUGCAUCUCUCUUUACCUCUGACUGUCUAAGCAAUAAGAGGCCAUCUACAGUAUUCACGUUUCCAGUUAUAGUACACAUUAAGUAACUUGACCCUUAAAAACCUCACUACAGAGCAGUGUUUAAAUUAGUUGAUGAAAAAAGGCCAAGUGAGCAAUCUCACAAUGCAUUAAUAGAGAUUUAUGCCGCUGGUAGAUGCAUCUGCAGGAUAUGUCAUGUUAUUUAUGCUGUAUGCAAUAGCAUGUCAUGAGCAUUUAUCAAGUUAAAAGGAGUCCACAUGUAUUAUAAGAAUAUAGGUAAAGUUUGAUCAGCUAUUUAAGUUCGUUGACCUAAUGGUGACUUUAUCCAGCCUACAGUAUGUGUAUACAUGUAUAUGUUUUUUGAUACCUAAAAGGGCAAAGCUUGGCAAAAUGCAUCAUCAUGUUUGUAUUGAAUUGGGAUAACAAAAUGUUAAUGUUUUGGUAAUAUUUUUUAAGGCAGAAAGACAGUACUGUAGCAGAUGCAAGUCUAUUGUAUAUUUAGAGAAAUCCCAGAAAAAUCUAGACUUUACACCAGAACAAUAUUAUAAACCCUAGUCAGUUUUAUCAGCCAGUAACAUAUCAGAAAUACUAUAUGUAGCACACUAUAUAAUAUCCUUUAAGGUAUGUUUACAGUAACAACUUAUCAUUACACCCUGGCACACGAAAAACAGGCUGAAAGUGCCAGCUUCUUCCGUGAUGUAACGUGAUCUUUGAAAAAAUAUUGAAAAUGUUUCAAAGUUGCAUGACUGUUAGAUGUACUCUAUGAGCAUCACCCUAUAUGAAAUAUUUGUUUUUAGUUGUCCUGCCCCCCCCCCCCCCUUUUUUUUUCUGUAAUGUGGUGAAAUGUGCAAUGCUUUUUAGUGGCCCUCUUACCCUUUGAAAAGAAAGCUUGACAGCUUAGCAUGGUCACACCCUAGUAUUUUUUGUAACAAAUACGUUAACAGGCUCCAUCCUUUAGCACCCUUCUUCACAAAAAAUCCGAGGCAGAUAGUCUGCCACAGUGCCAAUAGAUAAAUAAGUAUGCAAUCAAGAGGAAAAAAAUUUAAAAGCAUGUCCAAUGAUCACCAUACUGUACCUGUCCAUUUACUUCAGCAACUGUAGGUUGGGGAAAGAAAAAAAAAAUGAAACCUGAGGUUGUCUUACAAGAAGGAGCCAUAAUAUGAGCCAAUCAUUAUAUUUAACAAACGGUGCCAUGUUUUGAUACUAUAACUUCUGAGGUCGAUCUACUCGCAGUGUUACUGCAUUGUUGAAACGCUAAUUAACGAUGUCAUCCUCGUUCCCUUUGAAGAAAGGAAUAAGGCCUUUGUUCUUGUAUGUUUUUGUAAGUGUUGACAGUUGAAAUGUCAAAAUGUUAAGGUUAAGGUUCAGCUUUGAAUUUCAACUUGAAUUUCUUACAUUAGCCUUGUUAAGGAAUCAGCCAUUGUACAGAAAAACACACACACACACACACACACACACAUUGCUUUUCCCCACUAGACUAUAUAUAUAUAUAUAUAUAUAUAUAUAUAUAUAUUGACAGUAUAUUCUGUAGACAGUAGUUAGAGAAGUAGCAGGAGCAGCUGGACAGCUAGGAGAAAGAUGACUGAAGGAGAGGGCAUGGCUGGCAAAGCAGAACAUUUUUGCAACGCUCUUCUUUUCACACAAUUCGCCACUCUAAACCGUUGCAGGGGUGUACAUGCUUUUGCUUCCAGUGGCAUGCUGCUUGCAGCCAAAAUAGGCAUAUACUGUGCCCUGACAUGCGCGUUACUGCUGCUGUGCCGCUUGCCAUGUGUAGCUGGUUUAAAGAGCUACAGUGAUUAAUGCUUCAGGCUUGAAGUUAGCUCAAAGAUUUAAGGAUGUAACAACAUUAUCAUUGGGUGUACGGCAAGAAACUAAUUUGUCAGUGCAAAUGAGCCUUCGAGGUUUAAAAACAUACUAUCCCAAAGUAGGGAUGCACCGAGAUUUUCAUAACCACCUGCAAAUGAAUUUGGUGCUGACAAUUUUCCACUUUUAAGACUGAAUACAUCAACAGAUUCUUUCUAAACAGUUUGUUGUUGUGGUUAGUGCUGAGAAUUUAAUAUUGCGUUGUGGACAUGGCCGCAUAACGAAUUUAAUGAAUCACGUUUUUUUGACACAGUGGAUUCAGUCUAAAAACCCUGAAUCAGUUAUUAUUAUUUAUGUAUUUGUUUUUUAUUUUUUUACAUCAUGUGUGCACCAUUUCAUACGCACACGCUACAUUAUAUGUUCCAGCACUUACUGAUUCACUCGGCACAUGCUAAUGAUGGAUACAUGCUUGUAUUUGCAUGUGUUUCUUUAAAGUGCUGGAUUUUUUAAACGCUACCUGCUAUGCAAAAGAACAGUGAUGUUAUUUCAUCACAAUGUAUUGCUUUGGUUUAUACAUAUAUAUUUUUUUUUUCUUUAUUCCAAAGCAUAAGCAAAGUUCCUGCAAAGGUUGAGAAAGUAAACUAUUUAAAAUAUCUGGCACUUUUUCUUCGUUUAUUCAGUCCAAUGCAGCCUACAUUUUGGCUUUGGACAGGACUUAUUUUUUCGGUGCAUCACUACCUCUAAGAUGUAAAAGGCUUGAUUAGACUAAAAUACUUGCAUGCUUGAUAUAGCACACUGUUCCCGGUUAUAUCCUAAACCACAGUCAUUACUAUAGCCUUAGCCAGAAAUAUAUAAAUGUAUUCCUCCACAACUACUGCCCUCUCCUUUGUUUUCUUUCUUCUGCUUCAGUUAUACAGGACGAUGUAGGCAGAUUUUUUAUUAUUUGUUAACCAGGUCUCGGAUUCCCUCCUCCUGACUUGAAGCCGAACAAGUAGCCACUGUUCUAAAGCUGCAUUUGUGCAGCAGGAACUUUGACUAUACCCGAGGGUGUGUACAUAGCAGUCCACAUGACACUUACUAGUACAGAUGUACAGGUUUUUAUUCGUUGCUCUUGAUAUGUAUGAAGAUAAUUGUAUUGUUUUUGAAUGCAUCAACAGGGAGUUUUGAAUUAUGAACAAUGAAAUAAUGACAUGCAGUUACCACAAUAAAGUGAUUAAA